AUGGUUUAUACAGAUGCGGACCUUGUUCAGCCGCCUAUCCAAAAUUCUGGAUUUUUCUUGGUAACCCGUGUGUACAGUACCGUUGAUCAAGUACUAUAUGCAUGUGCUGAAGCUCCAGAUUUGCUAGAUGCUCGAUGUCGGAAUGACGCACAAUGCCCCGAAGGCCAAAUCGCUGGAAAUAAGGUGCCUGAGGAGUUUGCACACUUAACAAACACAUCGUGGUUUGAUGUUGAAAGUUAUGGGCACGGACCUUUUACUGGACGCUGUUUACGCAAAACAAUGACAUGCGAAGUAAUUGCUUGGUGUCCCAUUCUGGAAAACACGGAUCCACAGGACUACUCCUGGUAUCCCUCUGUACUAUCAGAUUACAACAACCUGAGUCUUACCAACAGGUCUGACCACGCUUCAAAACGUUUCUUCGAUAAGAUUUUAAUCAAACAAAGAAAGACGCAGGUAGAUGAAGAUAGUUUAAAAGAGAACAAAGUUGCUCCAUUGUAUGAAGUCCUCAAUUUCACCGUUCUCAUUCGAAACAUCAUCGAAUUUCCAUUUUACAAAAUCAAACGAAAUAACAUCCUCGGUUGGAUGAAUAACACAUAUUUAAAGAUGUGCCGCUUUAACGUCUCAGACGAGGUAGAUCGUCAUUUCCCCCGUUUCCGCAUUCAGGAUGUCAUCACUCUGUCUGGGGCGGAUAUUUGGUAUAUAUUGCUUCAUGGCGGCAUCAUUGAUAUAAACAUUAAUUGGGAUUGUGACUUGGAUAAAGCACUGGAAAAGUGCGUACCUGCUUAUUCAUUUCGGUACUUAGGAGCACUAACCAGCACUGCCACUGACGAACGGGAUAUAGUUCAUAUGGACGAGAAAUACUACCUAGAGUUCGGUAACUACUUCACAUCCUCACAGCAUAGGCGCUUACUACACAAGUUCAAUGGCAUCCAAUUUCUCAUAUCUGUCACUGGAAAAGGAGGAAGAUUCAGUUUACUUGAAUUUAGUAUGAAAAUUGGCUCCUGCAUGGCCCUUUUUGGUACUGCAACGCUUCUCUGUAAUCUUAUUCUCAUUCAUUUUAGUCCUGACAGACGUCGCUACAAACAGACGGUGUAUCGUCUUCGCACCCUCACAAAAUGCAAGGGUUUUAUUAAGAGAAGUCUUGCUAAUCUUUCUCCACCUAAACCUGCGCUUAACAAGCCGAAGAAUUUGGAGACAGCGAUUGAGUUUUAUGCCGGCCGCAAUGUUACGGGAAUGCUCCCUGGAUUCAAAAUAAACAUUGAGAAGCAAAGCGAGAACUGUGCAGCUAGUAUAACUGAAGAAGACCGUCAGUGUCCGUCAAUAAUACAAAGAAAAUUUGUUCAAGUAAAUCUCCCCCUGAAAGGAAAUGACAGUCCAGAAUUUUUUUUGGAGUAUUUGCACUUUACUGGAAAAGCCACGCCUCAACCGAUGCUACUUGAUUUACAAAUCACUCCUGGUAUAAGGAGUAGUAGAAUUUUGUUAAAUCCGAUUAACUUUAAAAAACAACUUCUGGAAGAUUUGAAUUGGAUUUAA